GAUUUCUAACUAGCACAGAACUAACUCUUCAUUUUGGGAAAAUGGCGCUCCCUCACCUCAUUCCCUCUGCGUCUUCCUCCUCUCUGCCUCACGCCCCUUCCUUAAAUCCCAACACCACACCUUCUUCCUUAAACCCUAACCCUAGAUUCCUCUCGAGGUCCUCCUCUCCGACCAUUCUUCACCCACGCCGCCACAGGCGGAAUUCCCUUCAGUGUUCGGCGUCUUCCUUCUCCGAAAGACAUCACACUAACUCUCCCAAAUCAGACGACCUGGUGGAGCUGCCGCUAUUCCCUCUCCCACUCGUCCUAUUCCCCGGUGCCAUCCUUCCGCUCCAGAUCUUUGAGUUCCGAUACCGCAUCAUGAUGCACACCCUUCUUCAAACAGACCUCCGCUUUGGUGUCCUUUACUCCGACGCCAUAUCUGGGACGGCCGAGGUUGGUUGCGUGGGAGAGAUUGUGAAGCACGAGCGGCUGGUGGACGACCGAUUCUUCCUGAUAUGCAAGGGGCAGGAGCGGUUCCGGGUUCGCAAUUUGGUGCGAACAAAGCCAUAUCUGGUGGCGGAGGUGACUUGGCUGGAGGACCGGCCGUCGGGGGAGGAGGACCUGGAAGGUUUAGCGAAGGAGGUGGAGGGUUACAUGAAGGAUGUGAUUAGGCUUUCGAACCGGCUAAACGGUAAGCCGGAAAAGGAGGCUCAAGACCUGAGGAGGAAGAUGUUUCCGACGCCGUUUUCGUUCUUUGUAGGGAGCACGUUUGAAGGAGCGCCGAGGGAGCAGCAGGCGUUGCUGGAGCUAGAAGAUACUGCGGCGAGGCUGAAGAGAGAGAAAGAGACUCUGAGGAAUACUCUCAACUAUUUGAGCGCUGCGUCUGCGGUGAAGGACGUGUUCCCGUCAUCUUAGCAAAGUCCAAUGGGCAGAGAAGAGAAUGUGUGUUUAGAGAGGAAGAUAGAGAGACAGAAAGAGAUGGGUGUAAAUUUUGAAUGUUUAUAGAUUGCACACACAUAUAUAUGAUUAAUUGUUGUUGGGUUGUUAGGUGUUCUUCCAUUGGAGCUGAAACUGGUACCUCCAACAUAAACAUGGUAGAAACAAGUUGAGUGAGCGGAUGAAUGAUAUAUAUCAUAUUCACGAACCAAAUCUUUUCAUA